GCCUGGAGGAAAAGAUUUGUUUGGCUACAUGAGAAACUAUUAAAUAACUUUGUUGAGUCACUUGGCUCGACUGGACCCCGAGUUCAAAAAGCGUCCUGGCCUGGAAGCGGACCAGUGGCACGCUGGUGUUCAUCCAAAGCGCGCACCGGGAUGGAAUAGUGCGCACGGGGAACUGUUCCCAAACCCUGGUUCCCAAACCCUGGUCCUCAGCAGAUGUCCACGAGGGGACAGCAGCUCGUAAACCUCUGCACAACAAACCAUGGCGAGUGGGAACGAAACAGUUGUUUACCUCUCCGAGCAGGUGGUCGUGCUGUGCUCCUGCGCGCUCUCCUUCCUGGGCUCGUCGCUGAUCAUCCUCACCUACGUCCUGUGGGCAGAUUUACGCACGACCCCCCGCAGGCUGCUGGUCUUCCUCUCCGUGUCGGACUGGCUCUCCGCCGUCUCCUACGCCUUCGGAGUGUGGAGGAUGUUCCGCAGCGACUCGAUAGACUGCGUGGUGCAAGGAGCCGUGUCCACCUUCGCCAACACCAGCUCCUUCUUCUGGACCGUGGCCAUCGCCGUCUACCUGUACGUGUUCAUCGUGCGGUCCAACCAGAGGGUCGCGGACAGCCUGGUGCUCGUCUUCCACCUGGUCAGCUGGGGCGUUCCUCUGAUCAUCACCCUUGCAGCCGUGAGCCUGAACAAGAUCGGCUAUGACGCGUCCGAGGUGUCGGUGGGCUGGUGCUGGGUCAGUAUCCACGCCCCAGACCGGGUCCUGUGGAUGCUGGUGACGGGAAAGAUCUGGGAGUUCCUGGCCUACCUCACCCUCCCUGUCCUCUACAUCCUGAUCAAGAGGCACAUCCAUAUUGCGCACACUGCCCUGUCAGAGUACCGUCCCAUAUUGGCCACCAGGCCUCCAUCCUUCUCCUCCAUGGCUGACACGAAGCUGACACUCAUCCCUGUUAUCUUCAUCGUGCUGCGGAUCUGGAGCACCCUGCGCUUCAUCCUGCUGCUGGCGGACUCUCCAGUCAGGCAGCACCCAGUGCUGGUCACUCUUCAUGGUAUUGGCAACACGUCGCAGGGAGCAGCCAACUGCAUCAUGUUCGUGUUGUUCACUCGACCGCUCCGCACACGCCUGUGCUCUGCACUCUGCUGCUGCUCCUCCUCCAGGUGCCGAGCCGGGUCGAAGCGCUCACAGGACCCGUCUCACACGCUGCUGCCGGACCAGGAGGCCUCCACACAGAGAGAGGAGGACGACAGCAGCAAAGCCGGGAGUCAAAGAUGAUACUUGAUUCUGUGGAGGAGAGGACGGACACAGGUUGACAUAAAGGAAAUGAUGAGGCUUCGUCCUCACUUCACACUGAAACUCAUUAGGAACGUGAGCCUGCAGAGCGCGGGGGGGGGGGGAUUCUGCAGGUGCACGCACACGUGUGUCACAUGGCUGCACUCUGGGUGAUUAGGCUGAAGCUGAUGUGAUGACUCUGCACCUGCACCAGCAUUUUUGUGUUCAUCAUCCAGAUUCUUUUUGUACUGUAUCUUCACAGACGUACUGUACAUCAAAGUUUUUAUUUGUGUCUUUUUUUUCUUUUUGCAUAUUUUGAAAGAUGGUUCACAUCUUGCACACAUCACUGAUGAUUCAACUGUGUUUAUGGAGGAAAUUCAAUUUGAGAGACAAUGAAAGAAAAUAAACCAAAGCAUUAUCAGGUAAUGUGAUUAAAAUACUGUAAAUAUGUUUAAGCUUUUUAUUGUCACUGAUUGAAUUUGUAUGUAAUGUGCGCUCAGUCAUGAGUAGUUCUAAAUCCACUGUUUCUUGGGCUUCAAAGGUCUUACCAGGAACUUUUCAUUUUCAUUGACUUUGGUUACUCUAUGGACAAAAGCGGUUUUGUUUUCGCUGUCAUCUGUUGUAAAAGCCUCAGUCCAGACAGCGUGUGCAUUUGUUUUGGAAAGAGUGAAAAAGUUCAGCGAGUUCAGGUCACACACCGAGAAAACACUGCGACACUGCAACAUGAAACAAGGACCGCAUCAGUUUACACUCAUCUUUCCUACCAAGAUAUUCAAAAUAUGAUGUUAAAGUUUGAUGGAUAAUCACAACUUUUUGUAACUUUAAAAUUUAAAUAAGUUUUCCAAUAUAUAUCUAAUUUGACUUUGGGUGUGUGCAAAAGUAUUUUUUGUGUGAAAUUUGCUUACAUCUGUCAAUCUCUUUAAACUACAGUCAAAGAAAUAUGUGGGUAUCAUAUAAGCACCUUUUUUCUGUCCUUUCUCCAAGAUUCUCAUUUCAGGUAAUCAUUUUCUUGAUGUCUUUUUUUUCUUUUCUCCAUUUUUUAUAUAUAUUCUUGCUUAACCAGGGAGUUGCAACAUUUUUCAGGCAACGUCAGUUCUGUCAUCGUGACUCUGAACUAUCAUCACAUGUCAUCCUUCCUUCUGGAAACCCGAGGCUUUCUCAUGAGCCUCUCUUCUCCUUUGACCCCUGCGGUCAAAGGAGAAGUUAUGUUUUGGGUUCAUGAACCCAAAACAUAACUUAGUUUUUUCUUUAUUCAUCUCUUCAUUUCUGAUUUAAGUGCGGAUUCUGUGAUUGCUGUGGUGUGGCAGUCAGUCACCUGCUCCAAAACCUAUACACCGAUCAGAUGGUUGCUGUGGACGAUCCAAUAUACUUCCAUUAAAAAAAAGUUACGGCAAUGGUCCAGUAUUUGUUUUGCCGAAGAUUUAUUUUUUGGCGUGAGGGGUGAGGCAUUCAACUGUUCAGAGCACCCACAGCAACACAUAUCAGGACCUGUUGUUACAGGGGUUUACUUUAACCAAGAAGGUAGCAUUUGAAUUGACUUGAACCACUGCACUUAAAUUUUAUGGACUCUGCAUUCACAGCAGCGGCAGCAGUGUUGUACCCCCGGUGCACUUUAACAUGUCUUAUUCAGACCACAGUGGACUCUCUCUGCCGGUAUAAUCGGAGCGGAGAGGCUGCACUGUAGCACUGUUUUGAAUUACGGCCGGUUCAGCUCACCUCCACUUCGCAGUGACCUGCUCCUGACGAACCGCAGGUCUGCCAGACACUGGCGUGACAAAAAUGAAUAGAUUUUUUUUAAUGGACACCUCAAGCUUUCUUUACCCGAGGCAACAACUGUGUACACACUGCUUUGUUUUCCAAUAUAUCUCUAAUUUGACUUUGGAUGUGUGCAAAAGUAUUUUUUGUGUGAAAUUUGCUUACAUCUGACAAUCUCUUUAAAAUUCAGUCAAAGAAAUAAGUGGGUAUGA